AUGGGCGAUAUCAUGACAGCCCAGUCAGAUGAUAAUGGGGAGAAGUGUGGUGAUAUAGAACAAAGUACAAGUACUCCAAACGAGGUGGUAGUCAUUGUCGAGGGAGAGAAAUCUGCUGAAGGUGAAGCUACUAUUGAAUCCGAGGAGGCAGAACCUCCUUGUGGUGAAAAGCAGAAUCUGGAAAGUAAAGAAGAGAAGAGAGGUAGAAUAUGGAGGAAAAAGACAAAAUCUUCGGAGAAGACCAAAACAGGUCAAUGUUCACGUAAAAAUAUUCGAGACUUGUACCCACCUCCUCCGGGAAUUCAGGAGACUCGAUGGCAGCGUUGGAAAAGAUAUGACAGAGAAGAUAAGACUGGUCUUCCUAUGUAUCCUCCCCCAGGAGUAAAAGCGGAUUCUAUCAUCAUCAAAACUCUAGCGGAUGGGACUGAGAUUAGAGUUCAAGAACCACUCAAAUCUUGUGGUACGGUGUUUUGGGACGGAAGACUAAUCAAGCGACGAGAAGCAAAGAAAGCUAUUUUUGAAGGAACCGGUGCUGUGAUAGGAAUCAUCGGUUCGGUCGUAGGCGGUGUGCUAGGGGGGUGA